AUGGAUCGGCGACUUGGGCUUUCCUCAAUACAAGAGUGUUUUACUACAAAUUUUAUCUCAGGACGGAAACUCAUAUAUGUAAACUGUUCAAAUCUGCCACAGAUUGGGAUUACUGAUUUUGAACAUAUGAAGGAAAUUUCAAAGCAUGUACGAGAAUUGCUGCAAAUUGAGGAGCCCCGUUUUGAAAGAAGUAUCUCUCUCCCGCCUCGAGAUAACAUUGGUUUGUUCUUAGAACAAAAGACACGAACUGGAAAGCGCAGUGAUGCUCUUAGUUAUUCUCAGUUUGUUCAAGAAGCAAGGUUACAAGAAUAUGAACCAAAGCCUCCAACUCCACCAUAUGAAGAACUACAGCUUUCAACUCCACCAUGUGAAGAACUACAAGAAGCCAGUUCAUUUUUCUCAAAAUAAGAAAAAAUAUUUAUUGUUCACAUAUUUCAGAUAUUACAUUGUAACUAUUUUUGUAUUUCUAUUUCAGUUUUCAGUGUGAACAAAAUUAUAUAUGGAUGCUGUAUCCUAAUCCUAAAUUUAAUAAAUAGGAUAUCAUGGAGGAAGUGCUUACUGAUGGAUGCAAAACAGAAUUUUUUGCACAUCAGUAAUGCAAAAUAAAGUCAUAUGUAAACACAGAGGAUUGUUCUUACCGUUAUUUAUGAUGAAGUUUUAUCAUUUGUCCUAUGAGGAGUCUUAUAAGAAUAUAUGGGACUUCAAGACAGCUGCCACACAUUAAUGAGUUGCUUUAAAUAUUUCAUAUCAAUUGACAGCAUCCCUUACAAAAACAUUAAAGUCAGGCAGUGCUGCUUAAAAUGUUCCA